AUGUUACCUCCUGGAAGCAGGCGGUCUAAAAUCAGACCACCGAGGAAGUCUUUAGUUAGCACUUCUAUUGGGAAUUCUAGUGGAGAUUCAGUUAUCGACUAUGACUUAUCGUGGUCGGUACUUUCAAAUGCCAUCACACAGAUCCAGAAUAAAAAUGUUUCUAAAUUGUCGUACGAGCAAUUGUAUAGGAAGGCGUACAUUUUGGUGUUGAGGAAAUAUGGAGCGAAGCUCUAUGAUGACGUUUCGCUGUUGAUUAGACAGCAUUUGCUACAGAAGAGACAGAAUUUGCUUGCGAUAUUGAAUCUGUCGUCGUCGUUGAAUAACUCAAUCAAUGAGGAUUUCAUGAAGGCCGUAUUGGUGGAAUGGGACGAGCAUUUGCAGUCGAUGAAAUUCAUCAGCGAUGUGUUGAUGUAUCUCAAUCGGGUGUAUGUUAAGGAACACAAGAAGCUACUUAUCUACGACUUGGGGAUCCAAUUAUUUAAGGAUAAUAUUGUCAAGUACGAGGAUAACGAGUUGGGGUCGAAAUUGAUUGAGAUAGUUGUGGAGGAGAUUACCAAGAACAGAAAGGGCGAAGUGAUAACAACGAAGAUGUACAUAACCAAGAUUAUCAAUAUGCUCGAGUUGUUACUUGAAACCAGCAAUUCGGGCAAUGACUUGCAGUAUGGAGAAAAUUACUACCAGAGAUACUUCGAGCCUACCUUUCUUGCUGGUUCAGAGACUUUUUUUUAUAAUUUGUCCCAGGAGUUCAUUAAUAAUGUGCUUGGUACGAAGUAUUUGCAUGAUGCCCACCGUUUUAUAAAAGAAGAAGAAAACAGAAUCAACUUUUAUUUGCCUUCUUCGACGUAUCCAAGAAUAAUAGAUUUAAUGAAUAACAUCUUGAUUAAAGAUAAAAUCGAUAGAAUAUUGUGCCUCCCAUUCGAACAGCAAGGUUUAUCGUAUUGGUUACAGCCUGUCCUUUCGAAUAUUCUUGAUCAAAAUUUGUCGUCUAACAGAGAAAAACAUCACUUCGCAGAAUUGAAAAUACUAUAUGAGUUGUUGGGUAGAAUUGACCCCGACUACGAGCUUUUCAGAACGCGUUUAAAGGACUUGGUUGUAUCCCAGGGUAGUACAUUGCCUUCACUUGUUAAGGAGUCAAUAUCGUUAAAGGAUGACAGUACAUCAAAGAAGUCGAACGCUAAUUCCACUGCUUUUGCGUCUACGUGGAUUAAUUCUAUUUUAGAAUAUCAAAACCAAUUUUCAAUGAUUAUCAAAGAAUCGUUUUCCGGGGAUGUAGCAUUGGAGCAAUGUAUCACCAUGGGUAUGAGGGAAUUCAUAAAUGGAGCUCAAAAUGCACCCGGUGGUAGUAAAAAAUCAAACACAUCAUCAGGAAACAGUGCUCCUGAAUUGUUAUCGAUUUAUAUGGAUUUUAGGAUCAAGCAACUAACGAAGAAUCCUGGAUCAAGCUCCAAAAAUAUUCCAACCGAAAAUGAUAAUGACAUGAAUGGAUCGUCGAUAGAUCAAACUGAUGAUUUAAUUAACAAAUCUGUUGCAUUUUUGAGAUUCAUAAAAGAUAAAGAUGCGUUUGAAGCACAUUAUGCCAACCAUUUUGCCAAAAGAUUUUUAAACUUUAAAAAUUCACAAGCGGGCAAUUCAGCGAGCAAUGGAAAACUAGGAGUUGACCUCGAAGAAUUAAUAAUAUCGAAAUUAGGAGAAGAAAUGGGUACAACGUCAUUAGAUAAGGUCAUUAAAAUGGAUAAAGACAUAAAGCUGUCUCGUGACUUGACCAAAGAUUGGAGAAGCUAUGUGAACCAAAAUCAUAAGAAAUCACUAAUAGAAUUAGAUUUGAAAGUUUGUAAUGUUUCAGAUUGGCCUAAAUCAAUGACAAAGGAUUAUAAGAAGUUUUCUCGGGACGACACUAAUAAUGAAAUUGGAUUUAUUUGGUCGCGUCAAUUACGAUCCACCAUUAAAGAAUUUGAAGAAUUUUGGUUCACGAAUAAGAGAAACGACAAUAAAUCGCUCUUCUGGUGUCCCAAAUUUGGCUCUAUGGACUUGAGAAUAACAUAUCCUACAAAAACAUACGAUAUAAGCAUGUCAACAUACGCGGGUAUAAUCAUGCUUUUGUUUGCCCCACAAUCCACUGAUGCAGAUGGCAAUGAAGUCCUGGCAUUUGAUGAAAUGAGAGAACUAGCGUAUGACGAGAUCAGAGAGCUCACUGGCAUUCCGGAGGCUGAUUUGAAGAGACAAUUACAAUCAAUAGCGGUCGCACCAAGACUGAGGCUCUUGGUCAAAAUACCAAUGACCAAGGAAGUAAACAAUAGCGAUGUUUUUAAAUUAAAUGAGAAGUUCAAGUCACCUUCCACCAAGGUCAAGGUUUUGACUGUUUCAGCCUCCUCUAGUGCUUCGAGUGGUACGAAAGUUUCUUCUACUAAUGAUACCACACUUGCAAAAACAGUUCAAGAAGAAGAAUUUGAAGAAUUGCAAUCAAGUAUUCUAGAAGGUCGUAAGAUAGAAGUUAAUGCUGCAAUUGUGCGUAUAAUGAAAUCCCGUCGUACAAUCAACCAUAACGAUUUGAUAAGUGAGUUGGUCAAACAGUUGCAUAAUAGAUUCCAAACACUGACUAUUCUUAUAAAACAAAGAAUUGAAGAUUUGAUUGAGAAAGAGUAUUUAAAAAGAGAUGAUAACGAUAAAAGUAUAUACCAUUAUGUCGCUUAG